AUGCCGCAUCUUCAACAGUUAUCAUUGCUUAUAAUAUUGAUAUUAUUUUCAUAUACUGUAUGCAUAGCGUUGGAUUGUCAAUCAAAUAAGGUGGCGCAUACCAUUACUGUAUCUCAUUCUGGUCGAGCAAAAUUCACAUCAAUUCAAAAAGCCAUUGAUUCGGUUCCUUCUGGCAAUACUAAAUGGAUACACAUCCAAAUUUAUCCUGGAAUAUAUAAGGAGAAAGUUACAAUCCCAUCGGACAAAUCUUGCAUUUUUCUUGAAGGAUCAAGCAGCAGAAGAACGAUAAUUGAAUGGAGUGACCAUGAACAAACAAAUAGUAGUGCAACUUUCACUUCAUAUCCGAAUAACAUCGUUGCUAAAGGCAUUGCUUUCAAGAAUGCCUUUAACAUACCUUCAUUAAGGCCAGAGGAGACCCCGAUUACACAAGCUUUGGCUGCGAGAAUAUAUGGGGAUAAAUCAGCUUUCUAUAAGUGUGGUUUUAUUGGGGUGCAAGAUACACUGUGGGACGCAACAGGGCGCCAUUACUUCAGCCAAUGUUACAUUGAAGGUGCAAUAGAUUUUAUUUUUGGCGGCGCCCAGUCUAUGUAUGAGAAAUGUUCGAUAAAUGUUACAACUGGAAUAUAUACUCCACAAAAAAAAUAUGGCUUUAUAACAGCGCAGGGAAGAAACUGCUCGAGCGAUCCCUCUGGCUUUGUGUUUAAAUAUUGUACAAUUACUGGGUCUGGCAAAGCUUAUCUUGGGAGAGCUUAUAGACCAUAUUCAAGAGUUAUCAUGAUUAAAUCUACGAUAUCAGAUGUAGUGAUUCCAGAAGGAUGGGAAGCUUGGCACGCCAUUGGCCAAGAACAAAACACUGAAUAUGUGGAAGAAGGUUGUAAAGGACCUGGUGCAGACACGUCCAAGCGAGUGCCAUGGGCAAAGGAACCUUCUGCUGUUGAUAUGACCCAGGAGAAAGUUACAAUCCCAUCGGGAAAAUCAUGCAUUCUUCUUGAAGGAUCAACCAGCAGAUUAACGAUAAUUGAAUGGAGUGACCAUGAAAGUACAGAAUCUAGUGCUACUUUCACUUCAAAUGCGGAGAACAUCGUUGCAAAAGGCAUUACUUUCAAGAAUGCCUAUAACGUACCUUCCUUGAGGCCAGAGGAAAACCCGACAAAACAAGCUUCGGCAGCGAUAAUAUAUGGGGAUAAAUCAGGUUUCUAUAGCUGUGGUUUUAUUGGGGUGCAAGAUACACUAUGGGACGCAGCAGGACGCCAUUACUUCAACCAAUGUUACAUUGAAGGUGUAAUAGAUUUCAUUUUUGGCAGUUCCCAGUCUAUAUAUGAGAAAUGUUUGAUAAAUGUUACAAAUGGAAUAUAUACUCCAGAAAGAACUCAGGGCUAUAUAACAGCGCAGGCAAGAAACUCCAAGAGCGAUCCCUCUGGCUUUGUGUUCAAAUAUUGUGCAAUUACUGGGUCUGGCAAAGCUUAUCUUGGGAGAGCAUAUAGAGCAUAUUCAAGAGUUAUCAUGAUUAGAUGUAGUCUAUCAGAUGUAGUGAUUCCUGAAGGUUGGAAUGCUUGGCACUACGUUGGCCAGGAACAAAAUAUUGAAUAUGUGGAAGAAGGUUGUAAAGGACCUGGUGCAGACACGUCCAAGCGAGUGCGAUGGGCUAAGCAACCUUCUGCUGUUAACAUGACCCAGUUUCUAACGAGAUCAUUCAUAGACCAAGACGGGUGGCUGGCCAAAAUGCCAAUUAAAUAAUAGAUUUACUUUUAUAGUAAU